CUUCGGUCUCAUGUGACUACCAUUCAGGAAAUUCCUGGCAAACACGCUUACAACCAGUCAGAGCAGAGGAAGACGGAGAGCCCCUUUUUUUAAAAAAAAAAUUACAACAGCAAAGAUAAAGGAAUUUUGUAUCUUGGAUCCGUUUGAGAGAAAAACAAAACCCACUGGGAAGUAUCAGUCUGCAUUAGCUGCUUGAACACAGAUUGUGACAACUGGACAUUCGCUGGCCCAGCAUGGAUUGGUCAUCUUUAUCAUGGAUGUGACUGCACUAUCACGUCUAACAAGCAUGGGCCCUACAAACAUGGCAUUCAUGUAACAGCCUUCUCUGUCCCAUAGACAGGGCUCGGUGGCUCGAAACAGCUGCUCAUCAGCCACAUCACGAUACAGCGGUCCUUGGUUCCUCGGUUUCUAUAGCGACGCGCCAACCUUUUUGCUUGGCCCAGUCAUGGGAGGAUGUUUCUCAAAGCCAAAACCAGUUGAAGUCAAGGUUGAAGUGAUGGCCCCUGACAAGGAGAAGGAGAAAGAGAAGGAAAGCCUUUCACCCAAUGGCAAAGUCAGCCCCAUGCCUACGUGCAAGGCCAACGGGAGCACAAAACACAUAGAUGAGCGGCCCGUCACUGUUGACCUCUAUCAGAAUCCAAAGGACAUGGUGGAGGUAGCAGUAUGCCACGUCAAUGAGCUCCAGGAUGGACAGAUGCGAGAGGUGGACGUGGCCUGUGGGAAGGCCCUGCUGAUUAAAGAGAGAGGAGAAUACUGUGCAAUAGGAUAUAAAUGUCCCCACUACGGAGCUCCCCUGGUAAAAGGUGUUCUGACCAAUGGGCGGGUUCGGUGCCCCUGGCAUGGAGCCUGUUUUAAUGUUGCGACGGGGGAUAUCGAAGACUUUCCUGGACUGGACGGUUUGCCCAAGUUUCAGGUCAGAAUAGAAAAGGAGAAAGUGUUGGUCCGAGCAAGUAAACAGGCUCUUCAGUUGCAAAAGAGGGUGAAACGGAUGUCAAGGUGUGCUACUCUGAGGGACAGCAGCUUCAGCAACACCAGUGUACUCAUCAUCGGCUCAGGCCCUGCAGGACUGGUCUGUGCAGAAACUCUGAGACAGGAAGGCUUCACAGAACGCAUUGUCAUGUGCACUAUGGAGACACACCUGCCUUACGACAGACCUAAACUAAGUAAGUCCCUCGAGUGCCAGGCUGAGCAGAUAACUCUGCGUUCCAAAGAAUUCUUAUCCCAGUACGACAUUGAGGUACAAACAGAGAAGGAGGUACACUCAGUGGAUGUGAAGAGUAAGGUAGUUCACUUUAAGGAUGGACUCAAGAUGGAGUAUAACAAGUUACUGAUUGCAACUGGGAGCAGGCCCAAACCACUUCUGUGCCAAGGAGCAGACCUGGAGAACGUGUACCAACUCAGGACUCCUGAGGACGCAAACUGCAUCGCAAAGCUGGCCAACGACAGGAACGCUGUUAUAGUGGGAGCUUCUUUCAUAGGGAUGGAAGUAGCGGCCUACCUCACUGAUAAAGCCCACUCUGUGUCCGUUGUGGGGAUUGAAAACAUUCCUUUCAGGAAGGUGCUGGGAGAGAAAGUUGGACGAUCAAUCAUGAAGAUGUUUGAGACCAAUCGUGUGAAGUUCUACCUGCAGAAUGAGGUCUCAGAGCUACGGGGACAGGAUGGAAAGGUGAAAGAAGUUGUUCUGAAAAGUGGGAAGAUCCUACGAGCAGAUGUUUGUGUAGUUGGAAUUGGUGUAGUUCCAGCUACUUCAUUCCUAAAACAGAGUGGCAUCAACAUGGAUUCUAAAGGCUUUCUUCCUGUCAAUAAGCUCAUGCAAACAAAUGUGCCUGGGGUCUUUGCCGCUGGUGAUGUUGUCACUUUCCCACUGGCCUUUCGCAACAAUAAGAAGGUGAAUGUGGGUCACUGGCAGAUGGCACAUAUGCAUGGUCGAAUAGCAGCUCUCAACAUCCUGGGGAAAGGAAUUGAAAUUAACACAGUGCCAUACUUCUGGACAGCUAUGUUUGGGAAAAGUAUUCGCUAUGCAGGUCACGGGGAAGGAUUCGAUGAUGUCAUCAUUCAGGGGGACCUGGACGAGCGGAAGUUUGUGGCUUUCUACACCAAGAAAGCUACUGGAAUGAACAACUGCAUCCAGACCUGGAGGAGUGAUGAGGUAAUUGCUGUGUCAAGCAUGAACUAUGACCCCAUCGUGUCUAAAGUAGCAGAGGUCAUGCAAUCUGGAAGAAUAAUCAAGAAGCGGGAUGUUGAGUAA